AUGACCGACCCUUCCUCCGCCGUGCCCAUCGAGCGACCGCGACGGCGACUGUUCAUGGAUAUUGGCGGCGUCAACCUGUUGAGCCAUUUUGCCACCUCAUACACGCGUGCUCAAGGAUACCUCGGCCUGGAAGCGUUGGAAGAAGACGGCAUCUCGCCCACACAAGAAAUUCCCGCCGACAUCGCCCUGCACUCAGCUGGUCGUCGUCAGCAGCAUGGCGGCCAUAAUCAUAUAAAGACAUUUUCAUUCCCCGAAGCCGACCGCCAACGCGCCGCCCUCCUCAUGCGCCCUGCUUCGGAGACAUCUCCAUUAUUGGAGUCAGCAUUUCCCCAAGGCGACCACCACGAUGACGACAGUGAUACCGCUCUGGUAAGAACCCUGUACAGCAUGGCAUUGCCCCUGGGGAAUCUGACAGCUCCGCAAACGGUGUUCAACAGUGUCAAUACCUUGAUUGGCAUUGGCAUGCUCUCGCUCCCGUUUGCUCUUCACCUUGCCGGGUGGAUCCCUGGUAUGGUAUUGUUGACGCUGCUGGCAGUGAUCACUUGCAUCACCGCAAUUGUGCUUGGGGGUAUCAUUCGCCGCAUGCCUCAUCUCAAAACUUACGGCGAUAUCGCUCAAGCCUACGGCGGUCCCUACUUUGCAUUAGCAGUGACAUUUUUAUUUUCAUUGGAUCUUUUGGGAGCUUCUUUGAGUCUCGUGAUCUUAUUCGCCGACUCUUUUACUACAGUGCUUCCCUGGUGGCCAGCGCCAGUGUACAAAGCGAUCAUCGCCUCGAUUGUAUUUUUGCUUUCGUUUGUGCCACUCAACAUCUUGCUGUUGACGUCAUUUAUGGGUAUCGUAUGUACAGUACUGGUCAUCGUGCUCAUUGUCAGUUGUGGCCUCAUGCUCGAUACCCCACCCGGGUCUCUUCUCCAGCACGCAAAAAUCAAUGCCUGGCCAGUAGACUGGCCGCUGUUCUGUUUGCUGUUGGGGCUUUUCCUCAGCGUAUGGGGCGGACACCCCGUGUUCCCUGAGUUAUACCGCGAUAUGCGUCACCCAUCCAAAUUUUCCAAAACCUGUCGUCAAUCGUUUGUUGUCACUUACUCCGUUGACGCCGGCAUUGCCGUUGUUGGGUUUCUCAUGUACGGUAUAAACUGUGAGGAUCUGAUUAUCAAGAACAUCAUGGGGAACUCGCGUUAUCCAAACUGGGUUAACCCAUUGCUUUGCGUGUUCAUGGGUAUCCUUCCCGUAUCCAAGCUCCCGUUAGUCACGCGCCCUUUGAUCACCGUGUACGAGAGCUACUUUGGGCUUAACCGGUUAGACGCCGUGAAGGGUAAUGGACGUCACUACAGCUUGGGACGAGUUCUUGCCCGUUUGGCGUUUUGUGGACUUUUAUUUACGUUGAGUAUCGUGUUUACGUCAUUCGGACAGGUGGUGUCAUUUCUCGGUUCGGCUAUCUGCUUUACUAUUUGCGUGCUGUUGCCAUGCUUGUUUUACGUGUAUUUUGACCAGCCACCGAUGAAGAUGCGGAUACUCGCCUAUGCAGUGUCGUUAUUAGGGUUUGUGGGAGCCAUAGUGGGCACCUGGGCGCUGGUGACCAUGCCCACAUAA